ACAAGCGCAAGAGCAAGAGUCACAGCUGCCAGUUCAAAAUGGCCGACCUGUGAGCAGCGGUGCUAUUAUCAAACUCUACUGAAAACGUUCGCUUUUAUAUUUCGUGUGUGUCUCGUUUUGUGUUUAAAUCAGCUAAUAUGAUAUCUUCGAUCGUCUCGCGGGUAGUCAUAUUGGUCUUUGGUACACUCUAUCCGGCAUAUGCGUCUUAUAAAGCUGUCCGAACGAAAAAUGUCAAGGAAUACGUAAAAUGGAUGAUGUAUUGGAUCGUGUUUGCACUUUUCACGUGUGCCGAAACUUUCACAGACGUAUUUUUUAGUUUUUGGUUUCCGUUUUAUUAUGAGAUUAAGAUUGUUUUGGUUCUGUGGCUGCUGAGUCCUGCGACAAAAGGCUCAAGCAUCCUCUAUCGUCGUUUCGUCCAUCCAGCAUUAAGUCGUCGCGAGGCAGAAAUUGAUGAGGCUCUCGCUCGUGCCACCGAACAGGGUUACACGGCUGUUUUGCAUUUAGGCAGCAAAGGUGUUAACUAUGCGACAACUGUUCUUAUGCAGACCGCAAUAAAGGGAGGAGGCGGUCUUGUUCAACAAUUGAAAAAAAGUUACAGUCUCAGCGAUUUAUCGGGAGAAAAGGAAGAUGAGAACAGGAACACGCCCAAUUCUCAUGACGAGACCGACAUGCAGGUCGAACCACGUCGAAGAGAACACACAGGGAGGAGAGGAUACAGUCCUAGGAGAACUCAAUCUACUAAUAAUAGAGUAGAAAUGUACUUCUCUGAAGUAGAUGUUGAAGUGAGACAACCAAGGUCGAAGGAGCCUUUAGUUAGUUUAAAUAAUAUUAGGUCAUCUGAAGACAUAUCUAGUGGAUACAGCAGUGGCGAAGCUUUGCACAAUCAUCGUCCGUCAAUUCACAGUGAUUCUCUUGUGAGGACGUCGAGUGUGGGAGGACGAACGCGAUUGAAACCACGUUCAACCACAAAAAAGGCGCCCGAAGAAGAAGAAGAGGAUUCUGACAACAAUCUUCCGUUUCCAGAUGAAAAAAAUCCUCCACCUAAUCCUUUAACAUUCCUCAGUGUGGAACAAGCACUAGACCUUGUUUCACUCCUCUCUUAUCAUUUGGCACGCAAUAAUUGUACAAAUUUCAACGAAAAAGAUUUACAGACUCUCUCAAAUAUCAAUGAAACUUGUGAAAUAGAGAAAAUAGAAGAAGAUGAAAAAAAUAUUAUGUCAAUUCCAAAAAUAGUGACGAGUGUUCCAAUCGAAAAUAAAACUUCUGAUGCUGAUGUGACAAAAUUUACCGACGAUAUUUGUCGUGAGAAAUUCGACGAAUUGAAGAAACUUUUAUCCAACGCGCAUAAAGCUGUUUCCAAUAUUGUCUCAUCUCAGGAAAGUUUAGCCGGUGAAAUUGAUGACGAGACGAGAAAUGUGUCGAAAAAUUUUGUUAAUAAAAUGAAAAUUGGUGGUGAUUUGAGUGGAAUUUAUGGAAGUGUCAAUUCUCUUGAAGUUUGGUCAACGCCCAAUAUAUCCAGAAGUAAUUCGGACAGCGAAUGUAAUAAAACAAUGAGAGCAGGAAAAUAUCAUAAGAAACCAGCACCAAAAAUUCCCACGAUUGAUAAUAAAACUAUCGACAACGAUACGGAUUCACAGAAGGCUGUAAAAGCGACUUUAGUUAUUAAAACAGGCACCAUUAAAAGUUUUACCGAUUUGCAACAGUUGAAGAGAAAGAAAGUUAAAUCUAGAUCACGAGAAGGAUUCUCAAAACUUCUUACCGUUCCAAAGAAUUUUUUUCAUAAUGCAUUUCACAAGGAGAAUAAAGAUAGAGGCAAAUAUGACGAUACAAGUUCGAUAAAUUCAGAUUGCAGUGAUUCACCAUCAAGAUCGUCGAGUAUUGGAUCACAAAACACGCCAACUGACGACGAUACCCUGACACCGUCGACGGAAUUUGAAAAUGAAAAAUUCACCGACAAGGAGAAAAUUAAUGAUAAUAAUGUUGGAAACAAUUUAGAAAAUAAAAAUGAAAAUUUCAAGACUGAUGAUAAAAUUAUUGGGGAAAAUUUAGUUUCCAGUGUGGAAGAAAUAAAUGUAUUGAAAAGUGACGAAGGAGAAGAGAAAAUAAAAAAUGUCGAAGAUAUUGAAAAUACGAGUCAAAUAUUCAGAGCGAGAUUGAGAAUUCGAGAAAUGUCACGAUCACCAAAUCGUUGCUCGAGAAAAAGUUAUUCGGAAGAAUAGUUUUCUUUUUUCUCGGUGCAAAUAGAGGAAUGUUUCUUUUUAUUCGUGCCUCUCCUGUUCUUAUUGAAAUUUUCCCCCUCUUUUUUUAAGUACCGCAUCGACUUCUGCCAUUGAAAAGGAUUUUUCCCUCUGAACAAUAACAAAUUUCGCCACUCUACCACGAAGCAAAAAACCGACAAAGAAGAAGGUGUCAUGAAGCUCAACGAUUGUGGAUCGCAUAAAGAAAUAGGACCAACAAAAAAAAUAAAAUUUUUUUUUGGAAAGUCCAAAAGGAAUGAUAUUUAUAAAUUGAGUGCGUAAUUAUUCGAUUGAUUCUUCAAUUGCAAUCGAUAGAAUUUCCAUCAACAGCAAGUAUUACUGACAACUUAGUUCCAAGUGAUUCAAAUUUUGUACAUGAAAAUCACAAAGCAUUAAUAGGAAUCUAAGAAUUUUGACCAUGAGAACAAGAUUUUUAAAUAUUGGAUAAACCAGUGACUAAUUCUAAGCUAAAGGACUUAUGAAACAGAAAUAUCGAGUUUUAGAAAAAAAAUUUA